GAAAGUCCAAAACCCGUCCCCUCCAAUCCGAACGAUGUCACUGGGGAAAAUCAUCAAACAUCUUCCCUGCAUUCCUUCCCGGAAGAAAUCCCUCCUUUUCCCUCGCUUUCUCUCUGCCCUCUCCGCCGCCCUACAACAGCCACCACCACCGCACCAUACCGAAGACCCGAAUACUGACCCUUACUCUCUCCUCAAACAAGAUCCGGUUGACAUCUGCCUGUCUCUCUGGGUCAAAUCCUUCUCUUCGCCACCCGCCACCACUUUCCCAAACAUCACCGGCUUCCUCUCCAAAUUCGACCUCUGGGUCCUUGCCUACCAGCGCUCCUGUGCUCACGUCACCGGUACGUUCCCUCCCCGCAACGCCAUCCACUCCCACAUCCUUCAAUCCCUCCUCUCUCUCCGCAACGCCGUCGUCCACAGCCGUUUCAAAUGGAACCAGAAGACCAACCAGCAUAUCCGCAGCCCAAACGACAAGCCGUCCACGGCGAUUAUCUCCAGGAGGAAACUGCAACAGAUUCUGGAAUCAGAUGAGCCCUGCUUCCAGGACCGUGUUGUGCAGGAGGUACUGCUGAUGGUCCUGGAGCCGCUUUUUGAGGGUAGGUUCUCUAGUAAAUCGCACGCGUUUAGGCCUGGAAGGAAUGCGCAUACUGUUAUCAGGACUAUCAGAAGUAAUUUUGCAGGGUACUUGUGGUUCUUGAGAGGUGAUUUGAGUGAGAUUUUAGACAAUGUGGAUGCAGAAGUGGUGAUGGGAUGCCUUGAAAAAGUUGUUAACGAUAAGAAAGUGCUGAAUUUGAUCAAAUCCGGGCUUAAGGUGCCUCACACGAGGAGAUUAAAGAGUGAUGAUGGUGGGGAGUCUAGUAAAAGGAAGAAAAAGAAGGCAGCUACCAAGAAGAAGAUCUUGAAAGAUAACGAGCCCAAACCUGACCCCUAUUGGCUGAGGACAUUCUUCAGUUUUGCUCCAGAAGAGGCUGCCAAGGUACCAUCUUAUGGCUAUUGCGGGAUUUUAAGUCCUUUACUUGUUAACGCAUGCCUUAAUGAAUUGGAUCAAGCUAUGGAAAAGAAGAUAGUUGAGUUCUUCAGACCAUCUAACCUUGAUUCUAUAUGGAGAGAAUCUAUUGAUGAUGGAUGUCAUAACCCUUCUUGGCCUGAGUUUGUUCCAGCCAGUGGUGCUGAGAAAACUAGGAAAAUGGACUACAUAAGAUAUGGAGGCCAUUUCUUGGUUGGCAUUCGAGGGCCUAGAGAGGAGGCAGUGCAAAUUCGAAGGGAAAUAAUUGAGUUCUGUGAGAGUAAAUUUGGGAUAAAAUUGGAUAACUCCAAAGCAGAGAUUGAACACAUUACCAGGGGAAUUCAGUUCUUGGACCAUAUAAUUUGUCGGCGAGUGAUAUACCCUACCCUUCGCUACACAUCAAGUGGGGGGAAUAUUGUGAGUCAAAAGGGUGUGGGUACUUUGCUUUCAGUCACAGCUAGUUUACAGCAAUGUAUUCGUCAAUUCAGGCACCUUGCAUUUGUUAAGGGUGAUAAGGACCCUGAGCCACUGCCUUGUAACCCAAUGCUCUACUCAAGUCAAGCUCAUACCAAUUCUCAAAUGAAUAAGUUUCUUGAGACUAUGGCUGAUUGGUAUAAAUAUGCAGAUAAUCGCAAGAAAGUUGUUGGCUUUUGUGCUUAUGUGAUUCGUAGCUCUUUGGCUAAACUUUAUGCUGCAAGGUACAGACUUAAAUCUCGUGCAAAGGUGUACAAGAUAGCAUCACGUGAUCUUAGUCAUCCACUAAGGGAGAGUAGCAACAACUCUGCACCAGAAUACUCUGACCUUUUGAGGAUGGGACUUGUUGAUGCAAUUGAAGGUGUUCAGUUUUCCCACAUGUCCUUAAUUCCAACAUGUGAUUACACUCCAUUUCCUAGGAACUGGAUCCCUGAUCAUGAACAGCUCUUGCAUGAGUACAUUAGACUACAGGACCCAAAGUUCUUCUGCAACUUGCAUAAAACAAUAAAAUGUGAAGGUUUAAGUGUCCCUCAAGAGGAAAUAUCUGAUAUUGUGUGGAAUUGUAAGACUUUUGGAAUUCGAAGAUAUCAGUCUAAUGUUGACAAAGAAAUGAAGGACAGCUGAGGGUAAAAGGCGCCAUAUUUCUUUCAACAAACUCAUAGCAUCAAACCAAAAUUUGACUGGGUGCACUCCAUUCUGAACAUAUCUCUAUGCUGUCUGUUUGGGCAUCAGCUAGGAAGAGAAUCUGAGAUUCUUGUACAUGAUCUUAGAGAUUGGAAACUCAUUGCACAAGCUCCUCCUUGAUGGCCCUUUCUUUUUGACCCUUUGUCCCUGUCUUGGGACAAGUGGAAUGUCACUUUGAUGGUUACUUUCUUGAAAGUCUUGGGAUACUAGGUAUUGCCGUAUUGGUGGGAGCUGACAUUUUUGCAGUUCUCGAAACAUGUAAUAAUGGGACACCAGGGUUGAAAUUGGAUUAUGCACUUAUGGGCAGUUUCUUAGCAGAUAUUGGAGCCAUUCAUGAAUUAGUGAUUAUAAUGAUGUUGUAUUGAUUGGGAAAGAGAAGGGUCUAUGAGGCUGCAAAAUAGAACAGAGGACAAUUAUUUUGUCUUACAAUUCAUGUCCAAAUAUUAAUUCUCAGCUGGCAACACAAACUCAUUAGAGCAAGUUCAAAGUCUAAAAGAGAUUUCUAAUACUAAGCUUUGCUUCAUGAAAAAUGGAUAUGUAAGUUCCAUUUCUUUUCAUUUUUAUGUCCAUGAUUGUAUCUUCUGUUGUAUCUGUUAUUUUGGAUACUAUUUAUCGUAUGUAUGAAUAGAAAUGGCUUUGUAUGGCUGAUUUCCUUUCUUAUAACAGGCUGAUUUAUUAUGUUACAAGCUGUAACUAUGGUGCUCUACAUAUUCUGAUUUUCAAAAGGGAAAACAAUUCCUGAUCAAAACCACUAAGAUUUAUUUAUUUCCAAUGUUAUUGUAAUGUACAAUGUUGCAUUUUUAUUGCAUAAACUUAAGUUUCCAACUUAACUAAUUUGACUGAGGGAAUUUUAUUAUGUUAUCUGUGGUAUCUUAGAAAUCAAAGGGAAACGCAAGA